AUCUCUGUUUCCAUUUAAACUGACGCGUCCAAGGGACUAGUUUACAUGUAAAGUGAAGCGUGGACGGAUGAGACGGUUCUCGCAUCCAGUCAAGCGCGUGUUUUCCCAACUGAGAUCAAUGGAUCUUGAGAGAGUUGUGCUUUGGUCGUGAUGAAACCAAGAUGGCGUGUAGUUUAGACAGGAUGAACGGGGGAUAGGUGACGAGGAAAAUAACACUGGGAACAACGCAGAUUUCGUGCAUUCUGACGAAACGGUUAUUAUAGCGAAAACGUCAACUUACACGGGACGUUUAGGAGUUGGUAGAUGAGAAGAUCUCCGCGGUUAUCAUCCUCAUAACCGACCGCGAGUGUGUGUAUGUGAGUGUGAAUGCGAGUGUGUACGUGCGUGUGCUGGGAUGGGCUGAUCGAGGAGGCCGCAGAGCCACUGCCACCCAGAGACUGACCCUCUGCCGAACAAUAGACCCUGUGAUCGUCUUACAAGACACCCGAAAAACACAAAUAAUAAAACACAGCGGCUUUUUAAUCACUCCGAGGCGACACCGAAGAACACAGUGCGUGAAGAACUCACACAAGUACAGAAAUAGCAAUGGAUGGAGGUGACGAGUUUGUUCCACCUCCCGAAUGUCCAGUGUUUGAACCAUCAUGGGAGGAGUUUGCAGAUCCGAUGGGAUAUAUUGCCAAAAUCCGUCCGAUAGCAGAAAAGUCUGGAAUAUGCAAGAUUCGCCCACCACCUGACUGGCAGCCACCGUUUGCCGUAGAGGUUGACAAUUUCCAUUUCACACCACGUAUUCAGAGGCUUAAUGAGCUGGAGGCUGAGACACGAGUGAAGCUAAAUUAUCUGGACAGAAUUGCCAAGUUCUGGGAGAUCCAGGGAUCCUCCUUGAAGAUCCCCAACUUAGAACGACGUAUUCUUGAUCUGUUCAGCUUGGCUAAGGUUGUCUCAGAGGAAGGGGGCUUUGAGUCCGUGAGUAAAGAGAGACGGUGGGCACGUGUGGCACAGAAACUCGGUUAUCCUCCAGGCAAAAACAUCGGCUCUCUUCUGAGGUCACAUUAUGAGAGAAUCGUAUAUCCAUUUGAGAUGUUCCAGUCUGGAGCCAGUUUACCGCCUUGUAAGCCCAGGCUUUAUGAAAGUGAGGAUAUAGAUCGGGAGUACAAACCCCACUCCAUUCCUCUCCGUCAAUCGGUUCAGCCCUCCAAGAUAAGCACUUAUGGACGAAGAGCCAAUCGCCUUCAGCCUGAGGGUCCAGAGGAUCCAACCCACCACCCUCUUACAACCGGCUCUCAACACAUCUCCUCGCCGGAGCCUACAGAGGAGGACAUAGAGAAGAACCCAGAGCUGAAGAAGCUUCAGAUCUAUGGGGCAGGACCUAAAAUGAUGGGCCUUGGUCUUGUAGCUAGAGACAAAACACGAAAGAAAGAUGGUGAAUUGACACAGAUGGUACCACAGACAGUAAUCGUGAGGGACAGCUCAGCCUCAUCCGUUAAGGAGGAACCUGCAGACACACCAGUCACAAAAUUAGACCCUGACAUUCCCCCACCGCCCCCAAACCUCAUCAUCAAGGAGGACGUUGAUGACGACAAAAGUCGCAUUGAUAAAGACCCCGUCGAUGAACCGUGCACUAAGAUGACUAUGAGGCUCAGACGCAACCUCAGUAACACGCAGUUUACACGAAGGUCUCGUGUUUUACUGCCUCCGCUGUCACUGCGGAAAAAAACUAACAUUCAAUCAUCUGCUUCAUGUGAUGUUGAACAGGUGGACUCAUUUGUAUGUCGGAUGUGCGGACGCGGGGACGAGGAUGAGAAGUUGCUACUCUGUGAUGGAUGUGAUGAUAAUUACCACACGUUCUGUCUGUUACCUCCACUCACUGACCCACCCAAGGGCAACUGGCGCUGUCCCAAAUGUAUAGCAGAGGAGUGCAAAAAGCCUGCAGAGGCGUUUGGUUUCGAGCAGGCCACGCGCGAGUACACGUUACAGAGCUUCGGCGAGAUGGCCGACACCUUCAAAGCCGACUACUUCAACAUGCCUGUCCAUAUGGUUCCCACAGAGCUGGUGGAGAAGGAGUUUUGGAGGUUGGUUAGCAGUAUUGAGGAGGAUGUGACCGUCGAGUAUGGGGCGGACAUUCACUCGAAAGAAUUCGGUAGUGGUUUCCCUGUCAACAAUGGGAAGAGACAUUUAACACCGGAUGAAGAGGAAUACGCCCGCAGCGGUUGGAAUCUAAACGUUAUGCCAGUGUUGGAGCAGUCAGUAUUGUGUCAUAUCAAUGCCGAUAUCUCGGGCAUGAAAGUGCCAUGGCUGUAUGUGGGCAUGGUUUUCUCUGCUUUCUGCUGGCACAUAGAGGACCAUUGGAGUUACUCCAUCAACUAUUUACACUGGGGUGAGCCAAAAACAUGGUACGGUGUACCUUCUUCAGCUGCAGAGAAGUUAGAGGAGGUGAUGAAGAAACUCACACCUGAACUCUUUGAGUUUCAGCCAGACCUGCUGCACCAACUCGUCACCAUCAUGAACCCAAAUAUACUGAUGUCCCACGGAGUGCCGGUGGUACGGACCAAUCAGUGUGCCGGGGAGUUCGUCAUUACUUUUCCUCGAGCCUAUCACAGCGGUUUCAAUCAGGGAUAUAACUUUGCUGAAGCUGUCAACUUCUGCACCGCAGACUGGCUGCCAAUGGGGCGAGACUGUAUUGAACAUUACCGGCAGCUGAGGCGUUACUGUGUGUUCUCUCAAGAGGAGCUCACCUGCAAGAUGGCUGCCUGUCCAGAAAAGCUGGAUCUGAACCUGGCAGCUGCCACACACAGGGAAAUGUUUAUCAUCGUGCAGGAGGAGAGGAAACUGCGCAAAAGCCUGCUGGAAAGAGGCAUAAAGGAAGCGGAAAGGGAGGCCUUCGAGUUACUGCCCGAUGAUGAGAGGCAAUGUGACAAGUGUAAGACCACCUGCUUCCUGUCGGCCCUGGCGUGCUCGAACUGCACAGAACGUCUCGUCUGCCUCUACCACGCCCAGGACCUCUGCUCCUGCCCCACUGAAAAACUCUACCUCAGGUAUCGCUAUACUUUGGACGAGCUUUUGGCCAUGUUACAUAGGCUGAAAGUUCGUGCUGAAUCUUUUGACUCGUGGGCCAACCGAGUGAAGGAAGCCCUCGAGCAGGAAGGUGGCAACAAAAUAGGAAUUAAAGAUCUGGAAGUUCUAAAAGCAGAAGCAGCUGAGAAGAAGUUCCCCAAUAAUGAGCUCCUCCAGCGUCUCAAUGCCGUUCUCACAGAUAUACACAAGUGUGAGAGCAGCAGCGCGGAGCUCCUCAGCGGCAGUCAGAGCAGAAGAAUGAGUUUGGAGGAACUGAGGAACCUGGUGGACACCAUGCAGAACCUGCCAUGUGUUAUAACACAGCUGAGGGAAGUGCAGGCUGUCUUGCAGAAAAUCGAGGAGUUUGACUCGCGUGCACAAGUUCUGGUUAACAGCACCAAGGGCGAGUGGAAGCAGCAGUCUCCUCUUCCCGCACCUCCUGAGAUCCAGGCUCUGCUGGAGGAGGGAGCAUCACUCCCAGUCAUUGCUCCAGCGUGUGAGCUCCUGAGCGGGCUGCAGGAGCAGGGUCGCUGGCUGGGAGAGGUCAGGCGGACGUUAGGACCGGAGGGGAGUGAGGUGACUCUGGAUGUGCUGAGGAACCUGAUGGAGGCGGGUUGUAAUGUACCACAGAGCUUGUCAGUGGAGACCGCCAUGGCUGAAUUGCAGGAGCUACUGACCAUAGCGGAGCGUUGGGAGGAAAAAGCUCAGAUAUGUCUGGAGGACAGGCAGAAACAUCAUCUUUCUACACUGGAGGCCAUCGUGAACGAGGCCCAGUUAAUUCCAGUCCAGCUGCCAAACAUCCUGUCCCUGCAAGCAUGCCUGAGUCGAGCCCGUGCCUGGGUCACUGACCUGGAGGAAAUCCAGAACGGUGAGCACUACCCGUGUCUGGAUGAUCUGGAGGGUUUGGUGGCCAUCGGGCGGGACCUGCCGGUGAAGAUGGAGGAGCUGAAGCAGCUGGAGCUACAGGUGGCUAGUGCUCAUUCCUGGAGAGAGAAAGCCAGCAAAACCUUCCUGAAGAAGAACAGCCAACAUAGUUUACUGGAGGUGUUGUGUCCAUGUGUGGAGAAAAGCAAAAAGAGGGAGAACUCGCUAGACACAGAAGCUGACACUGACGUCAACGUGUUAGGUCUCACUGCUCAGGACCUCCGAGACCCUGGAGCCAUUGUAAUGGCAUUCAAAGAGGGCGAGCGCCUGGAGAAAGAAGCCCUCCUCCGCCUCCAGCAGGUCAAUUUAGCCAAACCCGGCCUUGGAAAAGGAUCCAAGGAUGACCAGAACGACAGAAAAACAGAAAGGAGAAAAAGUGACUCCAUGGAGACGGACGCGCCCCUUAACUCGGACAACCCUAUGCUGCAGAACGGUGGCUCCUCCCAUUCUCUUACCUCUAGCCAAUCAGUGUGCGUGUGUGGUGGUCCACCGCACCCGCUGCUUCAUCGGUGCCACCUUUGCAAAGACUGGUUUCACGGAGGUUGCGUGCCCUUUCCGUCCCUUCUGGGCUCCUCCGACACAGACCCAUCUAAGCCGCUUUGCUGGUGGGAUUGGAACACGCGUUUCCUUUGUCCGCGGUGCCAACGAUCCCGGCGGCCACGCCUGGAAACUAUUCUAGCACUGCUGGUGGCGCUGCAGAGGUUACCGGUGCGUCUGCCAGAGGGCGAGGCGUUACAGUGUCUUACAGAGAGAGCCAUCAACUGGCAGGGCCGAGCCAAACACGCACUUGACACUCCAGAGGUGCAGGGGGCACUAGAGACACUGCAGCAAGUGAAAGACGAAAUGCACAGUAUAAAAGAGGAAGAUCAGGAGGAGAAAAAGAAAUAUAAUGGAGAGGCUGUAAUAGUGCUGUCGGACUCAGAGGAAACAGAAGACAGUGUUAUUGAUCUGACAGAGGACGUGAGCUCGCCAAAAAAGAGUGAAGAGAAGGCUGCUAAUGGCACACAGUCUGGCUGUGAGAAUGGAAUUUCAAGGAAGUCAAGCAUUAGUGAGGUUACAGGGGUGGAGUCUUUGGUGUCACUGGUGCCUCUUCUUAAAGGGCCGGUGCUCGAGCUGACAUCAUCCACAAGAACACAGCUGGAGGAACUUCAGCUAGAAGGAGACCUGCUGGAGGUCACGCUUGAUCAGAUGCACACAAUUUACCGGAUCCUACAGGCAGCAUCAUUUCCACCCCGUGAUGCUCUUCAUACACUCAUACAGAUUGAACUGCAGGAGCAGAGAAGCUCAGGUCGUGGCAACAAGUCAAAAGACUCAAAGAGGAAGAGGAAAAGCCAGAAGGUUGAUGGUGAACCUAAAUCCACAGAGGCUUCUGAAAGCAAGAAAACCCGACCGGUCAAACACACAUCGCUAGAGAUCGAUGCAGAGAUGUUGUGAUGUCCUCCUGAAGCUGUUGGAGCGGCAGAUGGUUGUUGAAUUGAGAACCAGAGACGGACAAAUGCAAGGCUCGGGCUCAUUCUCCAGAUUUAAUAAGCUCAUAUUAACUUUAUUUUCAACCCAUCAAAUUGACUCCCCAUUUUUGUAUACUAACCACUGUACCCCUAUCCUCAACCCCCGCCAACGUUUUUAUUUUAGACACUUCACACCCCAUUCCUUAACAGUGUAAAGUGCAGAUCUCUGAUCUUUAGAGGGAUAUGAUGGGAUUUGUCCCUGCUGUCCUUAUGAUGUAAGUGUUUCAAACUGUGACUGUUAACACAGCCACGUGCUGCAUAAUACGAUUUGUCCAGGUAUAGACAAACACGUGAUGGUCGGGCAGAGGAGGAUGCCAUGAUAUAACCUGUAUUUCUUUUGUACUGAGUCUUGCAUUUUGUUCAGGGAGGCUCGACGUUGUGAAAUAAACUAGUACAAUAUUUUGGAAAAAGUGUGACGGUGAAGACAAAGGCAUUUAUGUUCUGGUGCUACUUUCCUAAGACAGGUUACUUGCAUAGUCUCUUUCCUCCCUGAGUUUUGCUUCAUCAUUGUCCUUUUCUUUCUUUGCUUCUGUUGUUUUUUGUUAAACUAUCUGCUGUAUCCUCUUCACAGAACUGUACAAAACCUCACUUAACUCCAUCUUUUGUCGCUGGGAUUCUAAUAAUUAUGUUAUUAUUGUUAUUAUUAUUAUUAUUAUUGGUAAUGCUAUUGCAGACACGCACUGUCGUGAGUUUGUGUAUAAACAUUUUCAUUUCAAUGUUGCCUUUCUUUUCACUCUUGUUAGAAAAAUAAAAGUUUAGAAUUGUUUUAGGAA